AUGCACAGUGAAAAACCGCCGGCCAGAGGAUGCGUCAGCCGUUCGGGCUGUAGACCAAUAAGAGUAGAGGGACGAACCGACCAACCAAAGCACAGUGUAGGCCGGGUCUACUCUUGCUUGAUUGGCUCAAUCCCCAACAAGCCCCCUGGCCUCUUCUUAAUGGAGCCAUCAAAAAUCUGGCGCCAUCUCGCUAGCAUGCCUGUCCACAUGUCUAUCUGUAUGCCUGUCUCCCUGUCUCCCUAUCUCCCCUCCGGCUCUGCCGUGGAGGUAUCGUCCUCAUUCGGAUCAGGUGAAGCUUACCUGACCUCCCGGCUGUCUUCUCGCCUGAUCGGCUCGAUCUGA